GUCGAGGAAAUGAUUAGCCUCAUUAUGGAAGCGUUUGUUGAUCUUCUCGUGUCGGAGGAUUGGCUCACCGAGGAAACAAAAGAAUUUGCUAAGCAGAAGGUCCGCACCAUGAAACAGAAAAUUGGCUAUCCGGAUUAUCUUAAUGAUCCCGUUGCGGUUGAUCGUGAGUACCGCUUGUUUGAGGUUUACGAUCACCGUUAUUAUAAGACAAAGUUUCAAUUCUACGAACAAUAUCAGCGCGAUGUUUUGGAACGAAUAGCACAGCCAGUGGAUCGUGAAAGGUAA